AUGUACGACCCCAUCUUCCCGCAAUUGAACCCGAAAGUGAGAUACAAGACCGUCUUGGAGAGGGCCGGCUUCGAGGUGAACUACGCCAUGACGAGGAAACACAAGACGAAGAAGAAGAAGCAUGUAUCCAUUCAGGUGGUGCCCAUCGCUGACACGGUCCAGGAGUCCAAACAGGCAGAGUUGCAGAGCGACGAUACGAGGGUCAAUUCCUCUAUAGAUGAAAGGGAGGAGGACCACACCAGAGAAGAAAGAGUGAUGUCGUUCUUCAAUUUUGAAGACACCACCUGCAUUGAUAUACACGAGGAUGAAUCCAACCCGAAGGGGCAGAAGGAGUUUACCAUGCUGACAAGUAAUAAUAGUAUACUUAAGAUUGUGGAGCAUGCUGCGGAAGACCAGGAACCAGCCAAUGAUCAACCGAAACUUGCCAAUGAUAAGAGUGCAACAAUAACGCAAGAGGAACAAACUCAUGUGCCUGUCAUUUUGAAUAAAACAGACCAAGUAACCGAGUUGUUAGCUCAAUUGGAUACUGCCAUGUCACAAAACAAUGAAGAACUACAGGACUCUUUGGAAAAUACUGGUAAGAUCGAACAACCCAAACCCCGAAUGAAUGAAUAUAAAAGGUCAAGUGCUUAUCUGUCAGGUAGUGUACACGUGAUACCAAGAUCAAAGAUAUAUCCGCCCGGUGAGGGACCUUGCAGGAAGUGUCAUGGAGAAAUACGGGGCAAGAAAGUAUUUUCCAGGGAUUUCACAGAAGAACUAUCAGGACAAUGGCAUCGUGACUGUUUCCGUUGUAUCAAAUGCGAUCUAAAAUUCAGUAAAUCGGUCCCCUGUUAUAUUUUGAAUGAUAACCCAUAUUGUCAAAUUCAUUACCAUGAGGAAAAUAAAAGUAUUUGUCAAAUUUGUAAAGAAUUUAUUGAGGGAGAGUGUUUGCAAAAUGGGAAACUGGAGAAAUUUCAUGUCGGUUGUCUCAAGUUUAAUGCGUGA